CUCCCAAGAGGGCAAGCGAUUAAGAAGAUUAUCUACCAAAUAUAGAACAGAAAAGAUUUAUCCCACAGCCACUGGAGAAAAAGAAGAAAAUGUUAAAAAGAACAGAUAUAAGGACAUACUACCAUCAGUAAUGUGUGAAGUUUCCAGUUUCUCCACAUCCUGUUAACACUUGUUACUGUGGGAUAUUUUCAUUUGUUUGUUUGAGACUAUUUCUCACUAUUUUGCCCAUACCGGACUGGAGUUUCUGGUCUCAGGUGAUUCUCCUAUCUCAGCCUCCUGAGCAGCUGGGACUACAGUUGAUCACAGCCGAGUUAAGUUGACCUUAAAGACUCCGUCUCAAGAUUCAGACUAUAUCAAUGCAAAUUUUAUUAAGGGUGUCUAUGGGCCAAAAGCAUAUGUGGCAACCCAAGGACCUUUAGCAAAUACAGUAAUCGAUUUUUGGAGGAUGAUAUGGGAGUACAAUGUUGUAAUCAUUGUAAUGGCCUGUCGAGAAUUUGAGAUGGGAAGGAAAAAAUGUGAGCGCUAUUGGCCUUUGUGUGGAGAAGACCCUUUAACAUUUGCACCAUUCAAAAUUUCUUGUGAAGAUGAACAAGCAAGGACAGACUACUUCAUUAGGACACUGUUACUUGAAUUUCAAAAUGAAUCUCGUAGGCUCUAUCAGUUUCAUUAUGUGAACUGGCCAGACCAUGAUGUUCCUUCAUCAUUUGAUUCUAUUCUGGAUAUGAUAAGCUUAAUGAGGAAAUACCAAGAACAUGAAGAUGUUCCUAUAUGUAUUCAUUGCAGUGCAGGUUGUGGAAGAACAGGUGCCAUUUGUGCCAUAGAUUAUACGUGGAAUUUACUAAAAGCCGGGAAAAUACCAGAAGAAUUUAAUGUAUUUAAUUUAAUACAAGAAAUGAGAACUCAAAGGCACUCUGCAGUACAAACAAAGGAGCAAUAUGAGCUUGUUCAUAGAGCUAUUGCCCAACUGUUUGAGAAACAACUACAGUUGUAUGAAAUUCAUGGAACCCAGAAAAUUGCUGAUGAAGGGAAUGAAAUUAACACUGAAAGUAUAGUCAGCUCUAUAGAUACGGAAAAACAAGAUUCUCCUCCUCCAAAACCACCAAGGACUCGCAGUUGCCUUGUAGAAGGGGAUGCUAAGGAAGAAAUACUGCAACCACCAGAACCUCAUCCAGUGCCACCUAUCUUGACACCUUCUCCCCCUUCAGCUUUUCCAACAGUUACUACUGUGUGGCAGGACAAUGAUAGAUACCACCCAAAGCCAGUAUUGCAUGUGGUUUCAUCAGAACAGCAUUCAACAGACCUCAACAGAAACUAUAAUAAAUCUACAGAUCUUCCAGGGAAAAAUGAAUCAACUAUUGAACAGAUAGAUAAAAAAUUGGAACGAAAUUUAAGUUUUGAGAUUAAGAAAGUCCCUCUCCAAGAAGGACCAAAAAGUUUCGAUGGUAACACACUCUUGAAUAGGGGACAUGCAAUUAAAAUUAAAUCUGCUUCAUCUUGUAUAAUUGAUAAAAUCUCUAAGCCACAGGAAUUAAGUUCAGGGGAUCUAAAAGUUGAUGAUAUCUCUCAUAAUUCUUGUGUGGACUGUAGUGCAGCACAGUCGAACAAAGCUCCUGUUACUGCACCAGAAGAAUCACAGAAGAAUUCAGACACACCUCCACGGCCAGAUCGCUUGCCCCUUGAUAAGAAAGGGCACGUAACGUGGUCAUUUCAUGGACCUGAGAAUGCCACACCUGAUUCAUCCGAAGGCAAAUCCUCAGAUAUUCACUGUCAAACUAUGAAAACUCUAAGUUUAACACCAAGCCCUACAGCACAAGUUGAAGCCUUUGAUAUUGUGGAUCAUCAAAGUAGUUCACCUCUACUCAGAGCACCCCUUAGCUUUACUAAUCCUCUUCACUCUGAUGACUCGGACUCAGAUGAAAGGAACUCUGAUGGUGCUGUGAUCAAGAAUAAAACUAAUAUUUCAACAGCAAUUGCCACGGUUUCUGCUGCCACUAGUACUGAAAGCAUUUCUACUAGGAAAGUAUUGCCAAUGUCCAUUGCUAGACAUGAGGCAGGAAUGAUACACUUGGGUGCUGAAAAAGAUGGUGAUGUUAGUGAAGAUUCACCACCACCUCUUCCUGAAAGAACUCCUGAAUCUUUUGUAUUGGCCAGUGAACAUAAUAUACCUAUAAGAUCAGAAUGGAAUGAACUUCAAAGUCAGGAAUCGUCUGAACAAAGAGAGUCUAAAGACUUGAUAACCUCUGGAAAUGGAAAAUGUGAUCAUCCAGCAGGAGGUUUUCACACAGAGACUUGUACAGAAUGUCCAUCUACUUUCAGUGACAAGAAAGAUCAAAUAGCAGAAAAUCCAACGGAAGCCACAGAUAUUGGUUUUGGUAAUCGCUGUGGAAAACCCAGAGGACCAAGAGAUCCACCUUCAGAAUGGACAUGAUUCAGAGAGCUAAAAGACACUUUAAAUUGUACUGGAAAAUUCAAGUGCCACUGAAAGCCAGAUUUAUAGUAUUCCAUCUUUAAAAUGUGGGACUAACAGCAGUGUAGAUUGUUACCAUGAUAUUAUUUUGCUGGGAUCAUCUACCUGCCUUAGGAAAAAGUAUUACAUAUGGUUUAUUUUGUAACUUCAAGUAUUAUUGCCUUAAUGUCUCUUAACCCUGUUACACGCUGCUUGUAGACCUGUUAAUAUAGUAAUACUUUUAUGAUAAAUUGAGUUAAAGGACUACUCUUUUGCUGUUUUAUCAUGUAUGCAUUAUUUUGUAUAUGUACAGGGCAAGUAGGUAUAUAAUUUGAUAAAGUUGAAGUCAUAAAAUAUUAUUAACAGAAGAUGUAAGAAAUUUCUGCAUGGUCUAAAUCUUUGUGUACCUUAUUUGUAAAUUAUUUGCCCUGAUGUUUUAGAAAAUAGUUUCUGAAUUUUAAAAUAGCUGGAUUCAUGCAGCCAGCAUUGCAGGUUAUCAGAGAUCAAAGAUUGUAAUAAUAAUACAUUUUGUAAAUUGUAAGCAAAAAGUUAUUUUUAUAUUAUAUACUGUCUAAUUGUCAUCCUAAUUGUUCUUGUUUUCAUCUAGUCAUGGAGAUUCAGUAAGUGCCUUGGAACAAUAUUGAAUUCUCUUAGUUGUGUGUGUUACUUUAAUAUUUGAACUCAACUGGGAUUAGAAGACUAUCAAAAUAUAUGUAUGUUUCAGGAUAUUUGACCUGCCAUUAAAAAAACAAAAACAGUUUUACAGUGCCUA